GGGGUCCAUGCGGCGGCGCGCGGGGUCGCCCGGCUCCGGGAAGCACGCGGGGGUGAGGCCAACGAGGCGGCCGCCCGCCGCUCCGGGACUCCGAGCGCCAGGAGCUGAACACUACCUCUACCUGCAGAAAAUUGGCAGUACCUCUGAGGAGCCCUUGCCUUAGCCUGGACCUGCAGCACCAUGACUUCCUGUUUCAUGGGCUAUCUCAGUGCCCUGUGUGCCCUGCUGCUUGGAUUCCAGCUCGUCUGCCCACAGCCCUCCACUGAACACAGAAAGGUUCCACAGCGGAUGGCAGCAGCAGAGGGUGCCUCAGAGGACAGCAGUGGUGGCACCCAGGGUGUGUGGGGUGCCUGGGGCCCCUGGUCCGCCUGCUCACGCAGUUGCAGCGGAGGAGUGAUGGAGCAGACACGGCCCUGCCUGCCCAGCUCCUACCGUACACGUGGCAGCCACCGACCCGGGGCGCUAUCCUUCUCUGGCCACGUCGUGUCGGCUGUGCGCACGUCGGUGCCACUGCACCGGAGCAGAGAGGAGCAGCGAGGCCUGGCGGGCCCAGAUGCCAGCCACCAGGGAUCCGCAGUGUUGCGUGGCAGCAGGCACCCGCAGGCCCGGGGCCGAGACCCUGCUGAGAGAAGGAGCAGGACCCGAGGUCCCAUCGGCCCUGGCAAGUAUGGCUAUGGGAAGGCUCCCUACAUUUUACCACUGCAGAAGGACAGCACACACACACCCCAGAGGCUGCGGAGACAGAGGCCCUCAGCACGGAAUUCCAGGUCUCAGGAGGCAUCUGCUCCUAGACAGGGCUACAGGCUGCCAGCCCACCAGCUCCCUCAACAUGGAUCUCUGUAUCAAAGUGACAAGGACCCUCACUCUGGACUGCAGGCCUCUGAGGCUUCCAUCUACCAGCUGCCUUUGACUCAUGACCAGGGCUAUCCUGUAGCUUCAAGUCUCUUCCACAGUCCAGAAAUAAGCAACAACCAUGGUGCCGGACCCCAUGGGGCAUCACAGAGCUUCUCGCAGCCUCUUCGAUCCACAGCAAUCUCAUGCAUCGGAGCCUAUCGGCAGUACAAGCUGUGCAACACCAAUGUAUGUCCAGAAAGCAGCAGAAGUAUCCGGGAAGUACAGUGUGCAUCCUACAACAAUAAACCAUUCAUGGGCCGGUUUUAUGAAUGGGAGCCAUUUGCAGAAGUGAAGGGCAAUCGCAAAUGUGAGUUGAACUGCCAGGCUGCGGGCUACCGCUUCUACGUGCGACAAGCCGAGAAGGUCAUUGAUGGCACCCCCUGUGACCAGAACGGUACCGCCAUCUGCGUGUCGGGACAGUGCAAGAACAUUGGCUGUGAUGACUUCCUAGGUUCUGACAAAGUCGUGGACAAGUGCGGGGUAUGUGGAGGUGACAAUACGGGCUGCCAGGUGGUGUCAGGAGUAUUUAAGCAUGCCCUGACCAGCCUGGGCUACCACCGUGUUGUGGAGAUUCCCCAAGGAGCCACAAAAAUCAACAUUACCGAGAUGCACAAAAGCAACAACUAUUUGGCCUUGCGCAGUCGUUCUGGCCGCUCCAUCAUCAACGGGAACUGGGCAAUCGACCGCCCUGGGAAAUAUGAAGGUGGAGGGACGAUGUUCACCUACAAGCGUCCAAACGAAAUCUCAAGUACUGCUGGAGAGUCCUUCUUGGCUGAAGGUCCCACUAACGAGAUCUUGGACGUCUAUAUGAUACACCAGCAGCCUAACCCUGGAGUCCACUAUGAAUAUGUGAUCAUGGGCAACAAUGCUAUCAACCCACAGGUGCCACCUCAGCGGAGACCAGGGGAACCUUUCAAUGAGCAGCUGGAAACAGAAGGGAGAAGCCAGGAGGACAGAGACGAGAACGAGAGCGAGGACAAGGAGGACUUGCAUGGCAAAACCCCUGAACAUUUCACAUCGGAAUCAGCACAGACCUUCCCAGUCAGGCAUCCAGAUAGGUUUUCUUCCCAUCGACCAGACAACUUGGUGCCUCCAGCACCACAGCCCCCGAGGCGAAACCGAGAUCACAACUGGAAACAGCUGGGGAUGACAGAAUGCUCCACCACCUGUGGAAAAGGAUCGCAGCACCCUGUUUUCCGCUGUGUGCACAGAAGCACCCACGAGGAAGUUCCCGAGAGCUACUGUGACUCCAGUAUGAAGCCAACCCCCGAGGAGGAGCCCUGCAACCUCUUCCCCUGCCCAGCCUUUUGGGAUAUCGGGGAGUGGUCUGAGUGCAGCAAAACCUGUGGCCUGGGCAUGCAGCACCGCCAGGUCCUGUGCCGCCAGGUGUAUGCCAAUCGCAGCCUGACGGUGCAACCCUACCGCUGCCAGCACCUGGAGAAGCCGGAGACCACCAGCACCUGCCAGCUCAAGAUCUGCAGCGAGUGGCAGAUUCGGACUGACUGGACUUCGUGCUCCGUGCCGUGUGGUGUGGGACAGAGGAACCGAGAAGUGAAGUGCGUGAGCAACAUCGGGGAUGUGGUAGAUGACGCGGAGUGCAACAUGAAACUCCGACCAAAUGACAUCGAGAACUGUGACAUGGGACCCUGUGCAAAGAGCUGGUUCCUCACGGAGUGGAGCGAAAGGUGCUCAGCGGAAUGUGGGGCUGGAGUGCGGACACGUUCAGUGGUAUGCAUGACCAACCAUGUCAGCAGCCUGCCUCUGGAGGGCUGCGGGAACAACAGGCCAGCAGAGGCCACCCCAUGUGACAAUGGACCCUGCGCGGGCAAAUUGGAGUGGUUUGCUGGGAGCUGGAGUCAGUGUUCCAUUGAGUGUGGCAGUGGGACACAACAGAGGGAAGUGAUCUGUGUUAGGAAGAACACAGACACCUUUGAAGUUCUGGACCCUUAUGAGUGUUCCUUCCUGGAGAAACCCCCCAGCCAGCAGACCUGCAACCUCAAGCCUUGUGGAGCCAAAUGGUUUAGCACAGAAUGGAGCAUGUGCUCCAAGAGCUGCCAGGGAGGCUUCAGGGUCCGGGAAGUACGGUGCCUGUCAGAUGACAUGACCCUGAGCAGUCUCUGUGACCCUCAGUUGAAACCAGAAGAGAGAGAAUCUUGUAACCCUCAGGACUGUGUCCCUGAAGUUGAUGAAAACUGCAAGGACAAGUACUACAACUGCAACGUGGUGGUCCAGGCGCGCCUCUGUGUCUACAACUACUACAAGACUGCCUGCUGUGCCUCUUGCACCCGUGUGGCCAACAGGCACUCAGGCUUCCUGGGGAGUAGAUAACACCCCUCCCUCCGUCAGUAGGAUGACACUAGCUGCCUGCCCUCCAGGACUGCAGUGUGCCUGGCUGGCUGGCUGCUCAACCAGGGACUUCUCGAUACCCAGGGCCACUGCCAGCCCACUUAGUCACCACCUCGCCUUCAUAAAGCAUACCACAUGGUACCCAGGAUGUUAGAACACCAUGGAUGGUCCUUAAAGCAUUGCUCUGUACUGUUGACCUUUCUGGGGCCUGGCACCUGCUAAUGGUACCUACCAAAAAGCAAGCAAUGGACUCCAUGUGGCUCUCAGCCUCACUCCUGCUCUGCUCUUUUCCUGGUCAGUAGAUGGACCACUGACCAAGCAUAGCCUCCUCCCUGGUGCUACUGGUCAGUCUAAAAUUGAAAGUGAGAGGGGGCAGCACCGUAUUCCACAGAGCCACCAAGCCUUGCUGAGACCUGUGCACCCCUCCGUUUCCUCAGCCCAACUGUGCCUGUUGCCAUUCCUAAAGACAAUAGACUGUUUCCCUGUUUUAGGACAGAAGUAUCUCACAAUAAGAGUGCUUUAUUGUUUAGCAGAUGUGUUCACAGAUACUAGCUCACUAGUGACUGUAGCACCCCAGAAUGGGAGGCAGGGGAUAAAUAAGUGCCCCACUUGACUGGCAAGGAAACUGAGGCUCAACUUAGGUAACUGACCUGCCAUUUGGUGGUAGAGUUGACAUCUCAUGGCACUUCCACCAGUGACCAGACUGGGGCCUGUCCAGAGGCCUUCAGUCUGGAGGAUGAAUGGGGCUUCAUUUCUGACCAGAAGGCUGACAUUUCACAUUCCAUGAACAGAGCCCAGGCUUUUGGUUUCUUCCUUCUGCCCCAAAGUGCUGCCUCGUGGGAGUGCUUAGUUCUUUCAAGAGGUCUGUUUCCAUGUUCCCGGUCCCUCAAUUACAGAUUCUGCUGACAGGCUGCUGUAGGUUUAGCUAAAUUCCAUCCUCAGCAGAACUGUCCCAGGAAACAAGGAAGCCACAGAGAGAGCUGGGGCACCUGCUGGGAAUUCUACUCUCAUCCCACAUGGUACAUCCCUGGACCUCUCAGGAGCCAGAGCAAACUCCUGCAGCCCACAUGCCACCCGUGUUCUGCCAUGUCUCCUAGGUUCUCCACAAUGUAUCACCCAGUGGAAAGCCUAGCCCAUUGGUUCCAGCAAAAUCCCCAUGUUGCAGUAGAAAGAACCUUGUGGGUCUUACAUGUUGAUUAAAGGGUUUCUCUCUGGAGGCCUCACAACCCUUCCUUCCCCAUGACUCAGCUCCCAUAGGACUUGACUAUCAAGUUCAAUUUUAGUGCAACCUGUCUGGAAGAAGGAGCUAUGAGGCUCUCCCAGUCUUCCCUGACUUGCUUUGCCCAACUCUCUAUUCCAGAGGCCCAAGGCCUGAAGGGACCCAUAGCGUGUAUUGAAAGGUGAACCAUCUGAAAAGAAAAACAGUUAAGAGGAAUAUUUUAAUCUGUACAGAUUGUAAACUUACAGAAAUCCUCUUAUUUUGGGUCCUGGGAACAUUGCUCUUAAAGCAAGCCUAUAUCCUUGGCAACAAGGUUUCUCCCUGGAGCUCUUUUGCCUGGAACGGCCAACUUGAAGAUGGUUCACAGAAGUGGGAUAGCAUCACCUACCUGCUUUUAGACGCUCUAUUGGGAUUCCACUAGCCUAGCCUUCUAUUUGGCCUUCUGUGGUGUCCUUCCAAAGUCUCUACCUGGUGCCAAGUCAGCAGCGCCCCCUCUCCUGAUGCUCUUGUGGCAGGUAGAUACCCAGCCUGGCAUGGGAGUUUCUGUCCAGUUCCCACUCCCUCAGGCCACAUACUUUUGUUCAACACAGGGAGUUUUUCCUUUAUGCCACUGCUCUCAGCUCUCACUAGACAAUCCAGUCAUUCAAAGGAUUCCUUAGAAGAUGUUUGCCUGCAUCCUUGAGGGUAUGCACAAUCAGUGGUGGACAAGAAGAAAGCUAGCUUUAGUUCAAGGGAAGGAAAACAUUACAGCAACCAAAGCCACCCAACAGAGGAAUGGGUCACCACAAGGAGCGGAGCACCAUCCCCGAAAGAACUUCUCUGUCUGGUGGGGAGUGAGCACUCUGAUCUUUCCAACUCAGGAAUUCUCAGGUCUGAGCUGGGUUAAUGAUGGCUUUGUCUCUCUGGGUACAGGGUUGCUGAUGGCUUUGUCUCUCUGUGGUUCUGGGUGUCACCUAACAGGUCUUAGGAGGGACAAUGAUCCUCCUAUGAGACUGGAACUGGGUCGGUGCAAUUGGAUCAGCCCCAAGUCUUCAGGAAGGGAAAACACUUCACCUGAGGGCGGUCAAUUCUCUGAGCUGUUCUUGGAAAUUCACUCAUCUUUGGAAGGUUAUAGAUUUCUAAAAUGGGAUCAAUUAACAUAUUUGUCAUAGAAACCUAAUUUCUUAUUCCAGCACCUGCAUGCCUUUCUUCCUAGUGCAGCAGGACCUUGGAGGUACCCAGUGAUGAGCACCAUGGUCCUGCAGAUGGCUCUUUAUCUGACAUCUUCUCAGACCUUUCCACAUUCCCUUCACUGGAUGUCAUGUAGAAUAGAAGUUUAUAUUUUAAUACUGUUUUCUAGGCGUGCCAGAUUGCCUCAUCCCCAGCUCUGAAUGAAAAAUUAGAUAAAUUUAAGCUGUUUUAUACUUUUCUCACCAAAAUCAAGAAAUCCCCAAACAUAAGCGGUUUGCUUUUUUCUCUUUCACUCAUUGGAAAAAGAAAUGCUCCUUGCAGUGUCUGCAGAGCCCUUUAGUGUCUAUUCACCCAGCAGAUCUUCCAAGAUCUGCAUGAGUCAAAAAAACACUCUGAACAAGCGCCUUGUAAACAUGGCCGCUAGAGGGAGCAGUUCCCUUCGCAGACACUGUGCGCCUUUGGAUGCCUGUGGACCAGAGGAACCCAAGUGAGCCUGAGAGAGGGUCCCUGAGACUUGAGCCUGUCGCCCGUGGCUACCCCGUUGUCUGGUCCAGAGUGUUUGUGGUUUGCUUUUCCCUCAUUGCCUUUAGCAUGUAUUGUCCGUGCAUUCUCAAAAAGUGUUCACGUUCAACAGUCUUUUAAAGGUGGCUUUAUAAAGUGAUGCAAAAUGGUACACGUCAGCUUGAUGGAUUGUGCUGCAGAAGGAAAUCUAGUUAUUACUAGUACCUGUCCAAGCUAGCGUCCUUACCUCAUUAAGUCAGCCAUCCUUCAGUUGGUACAUCAAUUUUCUAAUGUGGAAGAAAAUAUCAAUCCAAGUAGUGAAAAGAAACACAGCUCGCACUCUAACAGGGUGAAUAAUCUCUAUCUGCCUACUAGAGGAAGUUGAUAUUUGGUCCUUUCCACAUAAAACAUUUUCCAUAUAGCUUAGAUGUUUAAAAAGGUGUCUUACAAAGAAAAUCUGUGUGCAACCCGAACUUGGAGAGCCAAUGACUCGGAUAAGAGGGGCUAGGUCUGAAAAGAUAUAAAAGACCAAGAUAAAACACAAAUCUUAAGAAUUCACUAGGAAGCAGCAUAAAGUUCUAUCUUUAGAGUAAAAAUAAUAAUAAUGAUACAGGUAAAAGGUGAGGGAAAUGGAAGAGUUUGAGUUGAUAAGUUCAAACUGAGUCCCUAAAAUGGUGUGGAGGCAUAGCUCAGUCAGUUAAGUGCUGAGGAACUGAGUUUCAUUCUCAGAACCCAUCUACACAAAGCCUGGUGUGGUGCCACACACUUAUAAUCCUAGUGCUGGGGAGGUGGAGACAGGCCCUGGGGCUCACUGGCUAGUCAGCCCCGCCUACUUGGCAAGUCCCAGGCUGGUGAGAAACCCUGUCUCUAAAACCAAAAUGAACCUGAAGAACCACAGUUGAGAUUGUCCUUUCACCUCCACGUGCACACACAUAAGUGUGUGGAGUGUGUGUGUGUGUGUGUGUGUGUGUGUGUGUGUGUGUGUGUGUAUGCACCCCCCCACAAGCCACUUAGGCCAUAGAGAAAACAUGAAUAAGAGUUAAGCUGCAUGUGUCUGUUAUUGCCCACUUUAGGAAGGCUAAUCAUAUAUAAGAUUCAGGGAAUGUCCAAUCCUGAUAAGAGGGGGGACUGUUAGAGAUGGCACAAGGACUCCUGAUGUGUGCCACCUGCAAAAGAGAUACCAGGAGAGCCAUCUUUGACAAGAAAGGAGAAGCCUUAAUGAGACAGUGGCUAGCCCUUACAGGAAAAAAAACAACCUUCUACAAACUGGAGCCUCUGAAAGCACAGGAACUCCAGAGUUAGUGGUGAAUAACUCAUCCCUAGAGGUGGCAGCUGAGGCCCACCAGUCAUGUGUCAGGACAUGGGAAAAUGAUCCAGCUAUCUGGCCUGGCAGCAUGUUGUUCAGGCUCAUCUGCAAGUCCAGGCUUUGGUGGUUCUAUAAGUAGAACUGCCCUAAGUGGUUCGUCUAGUUAGGGACAGCAAGUGCCUGGCCCACAUUUGUCCUGUUCCUAACUUUUGCCACCAUGUCAGCCAUUUGAACUCAUUGGUACACACGCCUCUGAGCUGCAUGUGGCCUCAUAUCACAGUCCCCAGCGACUUGGCCGAGCUGCCCCCAUAUGGCCCUGCUUCACAGAGGACAUAGAUACAUGAGGACAGCUAACUGCCGGCCUGGGGUAACAUCUCCAUGGAGGUAGCCUUGGCUAGCUUUCGCCCCUUACCUGCAAUCUAUUUUGCAAAAGCAUUUUGCCUUCCCGCAUUUUUUGCUGACACAGAAUGAUUCUCUCUCUCCACCCCAAGCCAUCCUCUUCAUCACCUAUACCUGAUUCCAUUGAGACUUCCGUCAUGCUAUGGAAAAGUGACCACGAAAAGGUGGAAUCUUCCAGCCAUCUUUCUCAGCAUCUUCCAAAAGAGGAGCCCCUAACCUCAGUGAGAGAGAUCCAUUCUAUUACACAAACUAACUCCCACCUGCCAGGACCCCCAGCUCCCCAUCAACCAUCUGACAGAAGGAUAUACUUUGUUAUAACUUAUUAUUUUGUUCUUUGUAAAUACAAGAUGUUUAUAGGAAAUAUAUAUUCUGAACUCUAUCUGCAGAGUGAAUCACUAUACCAAAAUAGUUCUAUUACUUAGAGUAUGUUCAUUGUAAAGGGACCUAAUAGGUAUUUAUUUACAUAUGCCAACCACGAAUGUAUAAAAUCAUUUGGUUAUACAAACUCAGUUCCCUAGAAUGUUGCUAUGCCACAGUGUCUUAUUCUAAGUCAGCCCUUACCAUCGUCUAGUACACUGAUUAGCCAAACUCCGUGGAGUUUAAGAUCAAAUAUAACUGACUGUGCUUUUCGACCUAUUCAGGGGUUUUUCCCCCUGGUAUUGUGCCUGACCAAGAUUACCACCUUUCCAUCUUAAAUAUUAUAUUUUCUCAUAUAAUCUGCUCUCUCCUCACACCCAAACACUUGGAGAAGGGCAAGCAACUUGUCACAAGUCUUUCUUGUCCCUUCUCAAAUGUGGCCUGCUAUUAGGUUCCCAGUUGCCUGGGAAAUCAGAGCUGCAGGUGAGAUGUGAUGCAGGAUCUGGGAGAGGCUUGGGGACAUGUGGCAUCAUUCUCUGCUCUGAUAACACCUCCAGGGCUUUUAGCAGAGUCUACUGGGCCAGGGCCUCAAGACUCAACUGGGAACUACAGAUCCAGGAGCAGGAAGCCCAAGAGUAUACCAUCAACUCUAGGUCACCUUUGCAGCAUCAAGUUAUUAAGGAAAGAGGUGGAGAGUAGACGAUGAAUUAUAUGAGUAAAUGCAGUCUGUUUUCAGCAAAACGAAUAUUUUUGUGUAUGACUAAUUUAUUUUUAUUGUAAAAAUACAAUAAAUGAUUAAAA